GCAGGCCAUUGAAGAAUUUCUGGCUGAAUUGAAGAACCGGGAACAACCGCAAGUGAUUACCGUGCCCCCAGACACUGCUGUGAAAUUUUUAAUGGCUCGGAAGUUUGAUGUUUCUAGAGCAAUAGAUUUAUUUCAAGCUUACAGAAACACGAGACUGAAAGAAGGGAUCUACAAUAUUAACCCAGAUGAAGAACCUUUACGCUCUGAGUUGCUGAGUGGUAAAUUUACGGUUUUACCCGGAAGAGAUGCAAAUGGAGCAGCUUUAGCCCUGUUUACUGCUCGGCUUCAUCGGCCGGACGUGACCACGCAUAAGGCUGUUCUUCAGGCUAUUAUCUAUCAGCUAGAUAAAGCAAUUGAGAGAGUGGAGACUCAGCGCAAUGGGCUAAUAUUCAUCUAUGAUAUGAUUAAUUCCACCUAUGGAAAUUUUGACUAUGAACUGUGUGUGAAGAUUUUGAACCUUUUAAAGGGUGCUUUUCCUGCACGGUUAAAAUGUGUUUUUAUUGUAUCCUCUCCUCUUUGGUUCCGAGCUCCAUUUGCAGUUCUGCGUCUUUUUGUCCGUGAAAAACUGCGAGAACGGGUGCGAACAGUAAAAGCCCAUGAACUGGUAAACCAUAUACCGAAGGACUCUUUACCAGAACAUUUGGGAGGUACAUCAAAAAUAAGCCAUGUAGCAUGGAUUCAGGCAUGUGUUAAUUCCAGACAAGGACAAGAAAAUGGAGACUGCAUGGACCAUCUCUUUGUUAUAUACUCAUCUGAGCAAAACCCUGUGAGUGAUAGACUAAACUCUAAUUGCACCCAGCAGAAUGUGACUGAUAAUACCAGACUUUUACACAAUCAUUACCAUGAAAACAGGACUAAGAAUUAUGCAGAGGCACACAGAGUAAGCAGCUGUGUGCAUUGGAAUGGGUCUGCCGUUAGCGGCAACUACGAUUGUUGUGACAAAAGCUCCAGUGCAAAUACAAAUUGCAGGAGGCCGCCUCCUCAGUCGGAGACUCCUCCGGACACUCCAUUGUAUAAGCAGCCUGCUGACAAUCCUUCCAUCCCACCUUUACCCCAGAAAUCUCGACCACUGCCUGCAGACACGGAGGUAUCCAUACACAUGCCAGAAGAAGGAGGUAUGACGGUACUUGGUUUGGUUCAGCAUGUCAAGAGAAUGAAAAAGCGGGGCAUUUUUCAAGAGUAUGAAGAGAUUAGGAAGGAGCCACCAGUUGGCACAUUUGAUGUAUCAAAGAAGCCUUACAAUCAAUCAAAGAAUAGAUAUAGUGAUGUCUUGUGCCUGGACCAGUCAAGAGUUAAGUUAGGUCUUAUUGGAACUGACGAGACAACUGACUAUGUAAAUGCCAGUUUUAUGGACGGGUAUAAAAGAAGAAAUGCCUACAUUGCAACACAAGGUCCUUUGCCUAAAACAUUUGAUGAUUUUUGGCGCAUGGUGUGGGAACAGAGAGUUUUAAUUAUUGUUAUGACAACAAGAGUAAUAGAAAGAGGCAGAAUAAAAUGUGGACAGUACUGGCCCCUUGAAGCUGGAAGAAGUGAAGAUUCUGGACACUUCAUCAUCAGAAACAUCCAUAUUGAUCUUUUCCAAGACUUCAAACUAACCCACCUGGAUCUUUAUAAUAAGCAAACUGAUGAAAGCCGGAGUGUUGCACAUUAUCAGUAUAUGAGCUGGCCUGACUUUGGUGUGCCUAAAUCUGCAUCAGCCAUGUUGGACUUUAGAGCCCAGGUAAAGCAGCACCAGGCAGUGGCUGUGCAAGCCAUGGGAUCUGAAUGGACAGGACAUCCUGCAGGACCUCCAAUAGUGAUUCACUGCAGUGCAGGCAUUGGGAGAACAGGUACCUUUUGUACUUUGGAUAUAUGCCUGUCCAGACUGGAGAACAUUGGAACAGUGGAUGUAUUACAGACAGUGAAGAGAAUGAGAACUCAGCGUGCUUUCAGUAUUCAAACAUGGGAUCAAUAUUAUUUUUGUUACAUGGCGAUUAUCGAAUACGCACAAAGGAAAGGUCUCCUUGCCCCUGUGGAAUGGUCCGACACUGAAUUUGAGACGGAUAGCGAAUGA